AACAAGCGAUGAAGUGUUUCUUUUCUUUAAAGUGCAGAACAUAGUCGCUGCAAAUCCAUCGAUUGACUGCAAAAAAGUUAUCUUCACAGACCCACGUUACGCGUUAUCACUAAAGUUGUUAGUUCAGCAAAGAAAUCAGUACUUGAGAAUUAUUGACCGGAAUGGACGUGCCAUUAUCGAAACUUACAACAGAGAAGAGCUUCGACGCUUAGAAGAUCAACUUAUACUGCCUUGGAAUCGUGCAACGAUUAUUCUGAGGGGUUCCUAUGAUGGUGAAGUACUUUUACAUGUGAGGAGGGUUAGAGCUGAUGGUAAGUAGUAAUUUACAGAGAAGGAAAAUUAAUUGAAUAUGUAACAAUAGCCGUAGUGGUGGUGGUAAGCCAAAGCAAUACUACAUGGUGGUAUUGGUAAGAGUGUUGGUAAGCAAUGGUAGUGAUGGCAGUUGUGAUGGUGAUGCUAUUUUUGCUAUUCGCGGAAGAGUAAAUUCUGAUAUUUCUGGUAAAAAGCAGUAUUACUAGUGGUGAUUGGGCAGUGGUAGUAGUGUUAGUAGAGGUAUUAGCGGUAUCAUUUAGUGCUAGGUUCAGUGCAAGAAUGUACCGGUGCAUGAAAAGUUAGAUUUACACAAAUUUGCUCGGUGCAAAUAUGGUGCGAAAAAGUGCAAACGAGGAAAAAAACGGCGCGCAUGCAUGCACAGGUAGUAGCUAGCGAUGGUAUCGGGGGUGGUGACGGCUUUGUUGGUAAAUGUUGCAGUAUUGCUGGUGAUAGCCAUGGUGGUGAUGGUAGUGUUGGAUUAAAACAUACGUUGUACCUAUAAUCAACUGAUAAAUGUGUCUUCUUUCUUUUUCUGGAUGUAGAUAUCCCCUGCACGUUUGAGGAAUAUGCAUGCAGCUGGCAAAACUACCCCACAACGACUUUUCAGGGAAAUACCUUAAGCGUCAACUGGCUUCCCUUUUCCAGUUAUUAUUACUAUGCUGGAACUGACCAUACAUUUUCUUCACGCCGAAAUGGUAAGUCUAAUAGCCCGAAAAGGGGUAGCCAAUCAGAACGCAGGAUUCACUUCAUUUUGUCCACUCGCUGAUGCUUUUGUUAAUAAAUUACGUUUCUUUGAUUUUUAAGGCCGAUACAUGCUCCACGGCCACCGUUACUACAACAGAAGAGCGUACGCUGCGUUUAUGAGCCCACCUGUCAUGAAGGAGAACAACACGUGUUUCUUUGUCUUUUAUUACAAGAUCGGAAGAAGCGGACAUGCAGCGCUCUCUGUGCUACUGGAAGAAAUCCACAAAAAUACCACCACAAAUGGAACUUAUAGUACACUGUUGUGGACCACGAAUCGAACGGUCACCAACUGGAAAAGGCAAACAAUACGUCUUCCUCAGAUGAGCCAAAAGUACACCAUAGUCUUUCUGGGUUACUACAAGUCUUUUUCGUAUUGGCAGCCCAGCUAUGUUGCAGUGGAUGAUGUACAGUUCAUAAGCUGUGAUGCAU